AUGUCAAUGCAGCUCUUCAAAUUUGAAUGCAGUAGAAACGAUAAUAGUCAAUGAAACAAGUUAUACAUUUACCACCCCGGGGUACCGGGUAGCUUAUUAUCCGAGGAUGAGCUGUGUAUGGAUUUUUGAUGCAGGGACAAGCGACGCGACAAUAGUGUUUGAUAUACAGGAAAUUCUCAUAGAGAAUUCCAGGAACUGUGCAUUUGACGCAUUAACAUUUUAUCAAGGAAAUGAUACCACAGGUACCCAGUUAGAUAAGAAAUGUGGACGUUUUACGUCAAGCAGCAGUGGGUCUUACGUUACGUCAACUGGACGUUACGCCACAGUACGCAUGAAGUCCGACUCAUCUAGACAGUAUGCUGGGGUCAAAAUGAAUAUUUUCUAUGCAAUAGAGAAUUCGGCUGGAUCAUGUUCCGGAAGUACUGCAUCACUUACAGCCACCACGGCAAGCGACUACAUCACAUCCCCCGGCUAUCCGGUCUCUCUUGCAAACGGAGUUGACUGCUCGUGGACUAUAACAUGCUCGCCUGGGACAGUUCUCUAUAUGGAAAUAGAGUACUCAGACAUGGAAUAUCGGUCACCCUGUCUGGAACAGAAACUUGCAGUCUACGAUGGAACUUCCGAUUCGGAUCCAGCAGUUUUGGAAAGCUGGUGUGAUUCUAAGGUUAACUUCCCGUCACAGCCGACAGUAUAUUACACGACCGGAAAUAGCGCAUACAUCACCCUGACAACGUCGGCGGAAUCUAUCGCAGCCAGACACGGAUUCCGACUUAACUUCCGGCAGAACUCGUCAGCUAUCACGACAACAACAACCCAAAGUACAACAACAACACAGCUCGUGCAGGUUUGCUCGAGUUCUGCUACCGAAUUAGAAGCCAACAGCAUCGCCAGGUACUUCCGGUCUCUGAAUUACCCGAACGAUUAUCCGAACAAUGUAAAUUGUUACUGGCGUAUCACAGCUCCCAUUGGUUACACAAUCAACCUGACAUUUGUGGAUUCGAACAUACAACCAGGUGAAAGCUGCAGUUUUACUGAUUCCGUUACGGUCUAUGACGGGAGUUCGAAAUCUCAUCCACGUAUGACGUCAUUUUGCGGGACCGACACUCCGGUGUUGUCAAGUACUGGGAGAUAUCUAUACGUUCACUUCAAGACGGACCUGACUGUGGCAUACAGGGGUUUCUCGGCGAAAUACGAAACUGUGCAAGCCGCUGUUCCUGAUUGUGUAUUGCCCGGAAUUUUUGAAAAUUUUACAGCUUCGGACACACCACAGACGUUGACUUCCCCUGGGUACCCUGGCAAUUACAACGAUUCUACAGUAACAUACUGGAUGAUACAGAAUCCAAACGAGACGCAAGCUCUUUUCCUUACAGUUACUGACUCUCGUAUAGAAACCAGUGUCGACUGUAUCUAUGAUAGAGUAGAAAUAUAUCAAGGUCCUUGUACCUCGUAUCCCCUGCUGGGAUCAUUCUGUGGCAAAGACACACCCACGUACUAUUACGACACCGGAGCAUACGCCCUCAUUGUGUUCACAACGGAUGAAAACGUGAACUACCAGGGGUUUAAUAUCAGCUUCUACCUCACUGACAAGCCAGAAGAGGAUGAUACAAGUGCCUUGGUCGUCACUGGUAUAAUUGUCGGCUGCGUUAUUGGCGGAAGCGCAGUUAUCGCCGGCGUCUCAUUUGGUGUAUAUAAAUAUGUGAACCGAGGGAGUGAUCACGUGCCAUCACGUGACUCGAGUCGCAGAUCGUCUGUGUCAUCAGACGAAGGUAUCACAAACAGAUCGUAUACGCCAAGAAAUGUCCCAAGAAGAUUACCACCAAUAAGCGAGUUUCGCCGAUAACGCUGACUAAAAGUAAUGAAAACACACUUUGAUAAAGAAAUUUAGAAAGCAAAAAUAUAUUCAAAACAUUGCGAGUGUUAAAGGUAUCUACAGUAUCUUUAAGAUUGUUUAAAGAUUUCGCAUUUUGCAUUUGUGGCAAACAUUUUUGAAAAUGCUUCUACGAAAUGCUUGUAUAGUUUUACAAAAUGAAUGUUAAUACUUUUAUUUACCUCUGUUAUCCCCAGCCGAAGAUAGAUUUGGCGUUGUCCGUCCGUCUGUUCGCACAGCCCUGCGUAAGUGCAUUCUUGCGAAAAUGCUUAUACCACGAGCUUUGCUCACAUGUAGGCCUAGAGUUACCUCCCUUGAUCCAGUAAGAGCUGAGUUUUACCAUUGAUUUGGAAAGAAUUAGGACCCUGUGACUGUCCCUAAUUAUACUAUUCAUGGAUCUUUCAUCAAGAUCGCUUCAGCUUAUUCAGAGUUAUUGUCUUUUAUUUUAUUAAAUUCAUAAAUAUAAUUGAAAAUUAAAUAUCUUUUUUCAAAAUAUAGUCCCCUCAUUUACAAAAUAACCCAUUUGGCUGGGGAUAUUAAUUCACUAAAUGUGAUUGCUAUUUUGAAAAUUACCACCCCCACCCCCACCCCCAUCUUCCAUUGAAUACGAUUUGCCGUUUGUUUGUUGUUUGUUGUUGUAAUUACUUUACUGUACAAAAUAUACAUUUUACUGUACUGUGUUUUAAGUCUGUAUUUUCAGUAUUUAUUGUUUUAUUCUGUUUUGUUAGAGUUUAAGUCACUCUGAUGAAUACCUCUAGAAUUAGGUAGUUGAGGAAAACUCUAGAUUUUACCUGGUAGAACCACCCAUCUAUCGAGAUUUCGAACUCACAGCGUAGCGGGGCAAGUGAUUCGAAGUCUUUGAUCUUUUAUUUUUCUUUGGUAAAUACCUGCAGCAUUGUAUGUACAAUAUUUUGAUAUAUCAUCUACCGUUUUAUAGCAUUCGAUGGUAUGAACCUGCUCACCAUUUUGUCAUAA